ACGCUUGCGCGUGCCUUUCAGUACCCGCGAUCUCCCUGUCCUCUCCACCUGCUUCACUGUCUAGGAUUGACGGAUCGGAGCUUCAUCUGCUGCAUCUUUUCUAUCUAUUCAUACAAUCCCUUCACAAGUCCCUGUGCUUUUUAUCUUGAAAAACUUUCACCGCCCUCUCCCCUCCCUUUCGGAGGAGGGAGAAGGAGGAAGGAAGGAAGGAAAGGAAAAGGGGUGGGAUAGCGCUGGGGCUGGAUGGCACCAGCCCUCCCCGCGCCCCCACCCCCACCCCAACUCCGCUGCCGUCACGUGGUGCUUGUAGUGGGAGGUGGGAAGAAGAGGCGAGACUUUUUUUUUUGGGUGCUCUGGCUCUCCGGGUACUUUCCUUCACUAUCAGCUGCAAACUCCUGAGGCGCGGCACUCCGCGGAGACAGCCAAAGCGAGCGGAGCGCGCAGAUCUCGGAACACGAAGCUUGGAGCCCGGGAGCGGAGAGCCCGGAGCCCCGAGCCGGGCGAUGCGGGCGCUGCUGGCUGCACCUGGGGCUUCUCUCCGUGGCGGCGGCGGCGGCGGUAGCGCGAGCGGCUUCAGCGAGGGCCAUAGCAAAAGCAGCAGGAGCCGCCACAACCGGUGCCGUCUCUGAUGCACCUUCCGCUCCCAGCCUGCCGGCUCCGGGAGGAUGUGGUUCCUCGGUAUCGUUACUACUUUUUGGGGAUUGUUUUUGCUUCCAGGUUUUGCACUCCAGAUCCAGUGUUAUCAGUGUGAAGAGUUCCAGCUCGAUGAUUGCUCCUCCCCAGAGUUCAUUGUGAACUGCACGGUCAAUGUCCAAGACACUUGUCAGAAAGAAGUAAUGGAACAAAGUUCUGGAAUUCUGUAUCGCAAGUCCUGUGCAUCGUCUGCUGCCUGUCUCAUCGCCUCAGCUGGAUACCAAUCCUUCUGCUCCCCAGGGAAAUUGAACUCAGUCUGUAUCAGCUGCUGUAAAUCCUCACUCUGCAACGGGCCCCGGCCCAAGAAAAGGGGCAGCUCAGCUGCAAUGCCAAGGGCAGGGCUCCCCACCACCAUUCUUCUCUUGAAACUGGCCUUCUUCUCAGCGCACUGCUGAAAUAGAAGGAUGCUCCCCUCACCCCCACCUUUGUUUGUUUGGCUCUCUGUCCUCCCGCAACCCCCUUGAUUAUCUUCUGAAGCAACAUUUAUAUAGCAGGACCUCGCUGUUCUUUUUUUCUCUUUGCGUCCUUAAUGAAAGAACAGUGUAAAAAAGAAAAAAAAUCCCAGAAAGAAACAUUUUUGUAACCUAUUACUGAAUUUUCAAUGUGCACUUAAAAGUGGGUGGUGGGGUAAGGGAUGAGGAAUUGGAAAUCAUAUGUUCCCUUCGUGUUACAAGAAACCAGGUCUACUUUUUUCAAAAUCGGCACUUAAUGGCAUUAAGGUGAAUAACUUUAUUUUAAGUCUCCCAACUUUUUUUCAAUAUUGUUUUUGUUUUUGAGGGAUUGUGGGGAUGGGAGAGGGUCACUCAAAAAUGACUGCCUUAUUUGGAAUUCAUACUUCAUUUUCCCCCAAGUUGUUCUCUGCACCUAGAUGGGGCUCUGGAGCAACCUCCAGUGCUUUACUUUCUGAGUUGGGCUCUAGUGAUUCAAGACUCAAUUGCUGAGGCCCAGAAUCAGGCUUGGCCUCACUCUGAAAAGUUUUUAAGAAAACCUUGUUAGUUCUCCUUGCAGAGGAAUUGCGCCAAGAUGAAAUGAAGAUCAAUGGGCGGGAAGAGCGGCCACUGCUGGUUGUAGAAUUAAAAUGGGCCCGGAGCAGUUUCUCUUUAUUGGCAUGCUCAAGAGUCAAGCGACAGCAGAGAACUUGGCUGAACACCUUUCGGAACUGCCGAGAUGAGAUGUUGUAUAGGAGCGGGUUGAUGACGGAACUGAGGUAAAAGAAGGUAUCAGCAAAGGGAAGGAGAGUCAUGUAUGCCUUGAAAUAGGAGCGAGUCCAGUCCUGCUUUGGUUUUGCCGCAGCCAUGAUCCUUCGAAUCUGGUUUGGCAUCCAGCAUACUGCUAGAGUCACGACGAUCAGUCCUGAGUGUGUAAAGGGGAAGAGAGAGAGAGAAAGAAAACAGCAUGUGAAAAAAAAUGAUAAAAUAUUUAGUCUCUCAGUUCUGCACUUACCAGCUAGGAAAUGGUACCAAUUUUUCAAUGUUUCGCUUGACAGAUUUUUCUGCCACUAGCCAAAAAAAAAAAAAAUUAACACUAUUUCAAGGCCAGUGUAGUUGGCUAUAUCAAAAAGAAAACCAUUAAAUGUAUAGAUGGGGCUUAUUUAUACCUGUUGACAUCUGUUCAUUUUAAAAUGGUUUCAUUGAAAUUUAUAUCCUUGGAAAACAUUUUUUGUGGUCUAUGAA